GUGGAGGAAGAAGGGAGGGAGGGAUUAGCACACUUGACCACAGGCUGCUUGUGCCUUGACAAUGCUCUCUGUGGUUUGGAAGAGCUGCAUCACUCCUUAACCAGAAGCUGGUUCAGUCGAUAAAAGAUGGUUUAAAAGUCGUGUGGAUCGCUGAAAAUGAGGGAGCCGACUGGAGUUUUUGCUGUCAUUCUCUCGUUGCUGUGCCAAGCAUGGACCCACGACUCAGUGGUCCACUUAUGUUUCAAUGUGGGCAGCGAGGUGAAGCUAAACUGCACCGACGUGUCGUGGGGAAAGUUGAUGUACGUCAUCUGGAAAGUUGACCUGGCGGGACACAAACAGUGUCAGGUGGGCAACAGCUUGAUCAAAAGUGGAGUGCUUGACACCUGCGCCGAUGGCAAGUCUCUGCGCAAAGUCUCCGAGUCCCACUUCUACCUGCACAUCCCCAACUUUUCCGAGCGCGACGUGGGCAUGUACAGGUGCGAAACGGCUUUCCUUGGAGGAUCCCACACCUGUAACAUCAGCGUGUCCAUCACAGUUCCUCCUCGUAUCUCGUCCUGGUUGGAGCCGAGGGAUGACAACAGCACGGAGGCCGUCUGCACAGCCGAGGGAGGAAAGCCGGCCGCCGCCGUCAUGUGGCGCCACGCCAAGAAUGCGUCCGCCGCCGAGAAGCACUGGACUUCCGGUGGAUUGUUCUUUGUAGAAAGCCGCCUGAAACUACCCGAGGGCGUGAAGAACGCGACAUGCAUCAUCAAACAUCCAUUCUGGCCAGCAGAGAAGAUGUUGGUACCAAAGCACCGAAAAGGUCUUCCCAAUACUACAGUGUGCCUUGUAGUUGCAUCAGUCUUAAUAGUCCUGGCUGCAUUCUCAUUCUUUAUAUACAAGAAGCGAAUCACGCUUAGACGCCGCUUGUCAACCAAAUCUGAACCUGUAGGUGUUUUUGAGUUGUUCCUUUCUCUUGAGACAGAGAGCGUCGAGGAAGUGGAGCCUUACGCCAGCUACGUUCAACGUGUCAACUCCAUUUAUAACUCAUGAUGUGCCCCCCCCUCC